AUGGCCGUCGCUCAGAUUAUCGAGUUGUGCGAUGUGUUGCCAUGGCACCUGGGAAGCAUCUGGGAAGGUUGCAAGUUGAUUCCAGGCUGCUGGGGCGUCCAAGGCUGGGGCAAAUGCGGCGGUGGCGGCGGUGGCGACGGUGGCUGCGUGGGUAACAAUUGCCCCGGCGGUCCUGGCGGCGGCGGCGGAGGAGGAGGAGGAGGAGGGGGUGGUGGCGGUGGCGAUGGCGGAGGCGGCAACCCGGGCAACCCAGGCUCCGGUGGGCCGGGAGGCUCCGGAGGUGACGGCGGUGAUGGUGGCGACGGUGGCAACGGAGGCCCGGGAGGCUCUGGAGGUGACGGCGGUGACGGCGGCAACGGCGGCGACGGUGGCAACGGUGGCCCGGGAGGCUCUGGAGGUGACGGCGGCAACGGCGGCAACGGCGGCAACGGUGGCGACCCUGGCAACGGGGGCCCGGGAGGCGACGGCGGCAACGGCGGUGACGGCGGUGACGGUGGCAACCCUGGCAACGGUGGCCCGGGAGGCGACGGCGGCAACGGCGGCAACGGCGGCAAUGGCGGCAACCCUGGCAACCCUGGCAACGGUGGCAACCCUGGCAACGGUGGCCCGGGAGGCUCCGGAGGUGAUGGUGGCGACGGCGGCGGCGGUGGCAACCCAGGCCAGCCCGGCACCCCAGGCCAACCCGGCACCCCCGGCAACCCCGGCUCCGGAGGUGACGGUGGUGGUGGUGGUGGCGACGGAGGUGAUGGCGGCAACGGUGGCGGUGGCAACCCAGGCCAGCCCGGCACCCCCGGCAACCCAGGCAACCCAGGCUCCGGAGGCGACGGUGGUGGUGGUGGCUCCGGAGGUGAUGGCGGCGACGGCGGCGGUGGCAACCCAGGCCAGCCCGGCACCCCCGGCAACCCAGGCAACCCCGGCUCCGGAGGCGACGGCGGUGGUGGUGGCUCCGGAGGCGAUGGCGGCGACGGUGGCGGUGGCAACCCAGGCCAGCCCGGCACCCCAGGCCAACCCGGCACCCCCGGCAACCCAGGCAACCCAGGCUCCGGAGGCGACGGUGGUGGUGGUGGCUCCGGAGGUGAUGGCGGCGACGGCGGCGGUGGCAACCCAGGCCAGCCCGGCACCCCAGGCCAACCCGGCACCCCCGGCAACCCAGGCAACCCUGGCUCCGGAGGUGACGGCGGUGGUGGUGGCUCCGGAGGCGAUGGCGGCAACGGUGGCGGUGGCAACCCAGGCCAGCCCGGCACCCCCGGCAACCCAGGCAACCCAGGCUCCGGAGGCGACGGUGGUGGUGGUGGCUCCGGAGGUGAUGGCGGCGACGGCGGCGGUGGCAACCCAGGCCAGCCCGGCACCCCCGGCAACCCAGGCAACCCCGGCUCCGGAGGCGACGGCGGUGGUGGUGGCUCCGGAGGCGAUGGCGGCGACGGUGGCGGUGGCAACCCAGGCCAGCCCGGCACCCCAGGCCAACCCGGCACCCCCGGCAACCCAGGCAACCCCGGCUCCGGAGGUGACGGUGGUGGUGGUGGCGAUGGAGGCGGUGGCGGCGACGGCGGCGGCGGUGGCCACGCCCCCGGCAACCCAGGCAACCCCGGCUCCGGAGGUGACGGUGGUGGUGGUGGCGAUGGAGGCGAUGGCGGCGACGGUGGCGGUGGCAACCCAGGCCAGCCCGGCUCCCCAGGCCAACCCGGCACCCCAGGCCAACCCGGCAACCCAGGCAACCCCGGCUCCGGAGGCGACGGUGGUGGUGGCGGCGAUGGCGGCAACGGUGGCAACGGCGGCAACCCUGGCAACGGUGGCCCGGGAGGCGACGGCGGCAACGGCAGUGACGGCGGCAACGGUGGCAACCCUGGCCACGGCGGCAAUCCUGGCAACGGUGGCCCGGGAGGCUCCGGAGGUGACGGUGGCAACGGCGGCGACGGUGGUGGUGGUGGCAACGGAGGUGGCGGUGGCGGUGGCGACGGUGGUGGUGGUGGCAACGGAGGUGGCGGCGGCGACGGAGGUGGUGGUGGCAACGGAGGUGGCGGCGGCGACGGAGGUGGAGGCGGUGGCGGCGACGGCGGCGGCGGUGGCCACGCCCCCGGCACCCCAGGCAACCCAGGCAACCCCGGCGACGGUGGUGGCGGCGGCGACGGAGGCGGUGGCAACCCAGGCCAGCCCGGCACCCCAGGCCAACCCGGCACUCCUGGCACCCCAGGCAACCCCGGCGACGGAGGUGGCGACGGCGGCGGCGGCGGCGGCGGCUGCCACGGCGGUCACUGCGGCGGUGGUGGUGGUGGCUGCGGGCACGGCAAGUGCGGCGGCAAUUGA